CUCAUGAUAUGCAGCCUUCACGAUACACUCAAUGAACCUCCAUUCUACAUCUACAUCUACCUAUCAACAAUAGAUCAACUGUCACAAUAUGGACUCGCAAGCUUCUACCCAUUCCGCAACAUUACAAGGCGAAGCAUCAUCAAUACCAAAUCUUAAAGACCGGCUUCCGAAGCUCGAACCUCGAAAGCGACGCUCAGCUACCUCCAAUCCUACUCCCAUUCCCGAAACACCCGCCUUACCAACGCCACCCGAUACGUCCGACUGGACUUUCAAGACACCGUCGCGAAGAAUCUUGUCAAAAAAGGAUCAUGAUAUCUUCUUGUCUUCACCAACAUAUGAGCUCAUUACGGCCUGGGUGUUUGGGCUAGCAGAGUCUGUGGUCGACACUCCCAACUCUGCAGUUCGAGACGCCGACCUGAGCAGCCCUCUCAAGGUCAUACUACAUAUCCUCGAUGAGACGGAACAGCUGGUAGCUAAAUCACCUCCGAACGAACAAGGUGGAUCAAGAUUUGGUAACAAGGCGUUCCGCGGCCUUCUCGAGCUUGCGCAAAGCAACAGUGCAGCUUGGCAUCGAGAGAUCGGCGUACAAGACGAGGGAGCUAUCGCCGAGCUCUCUACAUACUUCUGCCAGUCUUUCGGUAACGGAAACCGAAUUGACUAUGGAUCUGGUCACGAGUUGAACUUCAUGAUUUGGCUCCUUUGCCUUUACCAGCUGGGCUUGUUAAAGCAAUCCGACUUCAAACCCCUCGUCCUCCGUGUAUUCGUGCGCUACCUUGAGGUGAUGCGUGCCAUCCAGAUGACUUAUUACCUUGAGCCUGCGGGAUCACAUGGAGUUUGGGGACUUGAUGAUUACCAGUUUCUCCCUUUUCUUUUCGGUGCCACACAGCUUUUGCACCACCCAUACAUUACCCCAAGAGCUAUCCAUCAAGACCUUACCCUUGAGGAGUUUGGUCACGACUACAUGUAUCUUGGCCAGGUCAGCUUUGUAAACAGCACAAAGACCGUCAAGGGUCUGAGAUGGCAUAGUCCCAUGCUAGACGAUAUCUCAUCAGCGAGAUCGUGGACAAAGAUCGAUGGUGGCAUGCGUCGCAUGUUCGUCGCUGAAGUCUUGGGCAAGCUACCUGUCAUGCAGCAUUUCCUCUUUGGAUCUCUCGUGCCAGCAGCAGAUGGCAUGAGCGAAGACACAGGUACUGGGGAAGACGAGAAUGCCGAACAUGAUCCACACGAGGGCCAUGACCACACUGGAAAGGCUCACGAUGGCACAGGUUGGGGUGAUUGCUGUGGUAUCAAGGUUCCGAGCAGUAUCGCUGCUGCCCAAGAGAUGAAAAAGAGGGGUGGUGAUCAGGGAUUGCGAAGAAUCCCAUUCGACUAAUGUCGCCACCGCCAAAUCAACGAUCAAUACAGAUUCACUAGGUUGUAGACUUGUACCUCGCACCGUGGCCUCGUGACACUUUAUACUGCUUAUGCAAAUAAUGAAUGGUGACUUGAUAGCCAUUUGGCUCAUGCUCUGACUAGCCUCUCCAGCUCCGUGGUUCAGAGUUCGUCACACGGAGUAUUACACGCAAAACGAAUGGUUUGUAGUAAGACAACCAUUAGAGAACCCGCGAGAUCUAACCUCUGUUAAGUUCAAAAUAUUAGGCUUAUCUAGAUUACCUUACUAAGAGGUGUUGACUGUACUCCAUCGUGCAAACGAAGUGGUCAAACUCUCUAGGCCAGGUCACCAGUGAAGUUAUAACGAACUCAGUCACAAUUUUUUCAGCGGGUGCAAGAUACUCCAAAACAAUCUGAAGGGCUCAGGAAGGCCAUGGGUGAAACAAUACAUAAACUCAACGAGGUCCAGGCUCUGGCAAAUCGUGCGGAAGCUCUCCAUGGCAUUAUACCCACAGACCCACGGAGAAAGACAAACGUUGGCUAGGGAUAAAAGACUCUUGACGUUAACGAAUUUAUUAGGAUUGAGAACAAACUGCUUUGAGAGAGGAGACCUUCAAGUUCAUAGACAAGUUCCUCAAGUCAAAGCUGAGCUUGAAGAUAGACUACUUCCUGAUUUCAACAUUGUGAAGGGUGGAAAGCAACAGGGGC